AUGGUCAUCAACGCAAUUAAAGGAUUAAAAGAGCGUGGCGGGUCGUCUCUGCAAGCUAUCAAGAAAUACAUAGCCGCUAAUUACAAAGUAGACGCUGAGAAAGUUGCGCCUUUCAUCAAGAGGUACUUAAAAUCGUCCGUCGCGUCUGGAGCUUUAGUACAGACGAAAGGCAAAGGAGCUUCCGGAUCGUUCAAGCUAGCUUCGUCAUCGGCUGGCGGAGCGUCGAAAACUUCAUCAUCGUCAGCCGCAAAGGUUGGCGAAAAGAAGAAGAAAUCCGCGACCGGCUCAAAGAAGAGCGGAACCGUAGGAGUUAAGAAACCUCACCGUUAUCGUCCGGGAACUGUGGCUCUCAGAGAAAUUCGUCGUUAUCAGAAAAGUACCGAAUUGUUGAUCAGAAAAUUGCCUUUCCAACGGCUGGUCCGUGAAAUAGCGCAAGAUUUCAAGACCGAUUUGCGAUUCCAAAGUUCUGCUGUAAUGGCACUCCAAGAAGCUAGCGAAGCGUACCUGGUCGGACUAUUCGAGGAUACGAACUUGUGCGCGAUCCACGCUAAGCGAGUAACGAUCAUGCCGAAAGAUAUACAGCUGGCAAGACGUAUUAGGGGCGAACGUGCCUAA